AAAGUCAUUCGUUUGGAUUAUUUUGCCAUUGGGCUCGUUAAGUCUGAAGUAAAGACACGAAAUACUUAAUAAAUUGAUUUUUUUUUUAUUUUAAUAAAAUAAUUGCAAUGACCGAUAAGAAAAAUAUUCUUCUGCUCUUCGAUCGCCCAAAGGAACCAAGUUUUGUAUCAAAAGGCGAUCAAAAAGCGGUUUUUGAUAUUCCUCCCGAGUACUUGAGCGACAAGUAUAAGCCUAUUGGCAACCAAGUCGUUUCUCGAUUCGGGGAUGAUGCUGGCGAACGAAUUCCUGUCAAGCGUAUUUCAAUUCCUCCAUUGGGCGAGAUUUUGGAAUUGCCCCGAGAUGAAAACUUUUCAUUAUUUCUACCUAAACAUCGCAGAAUUGCUGGAAGACUAAUCGAUAUAUUUUUGGGUGUUCGAAGCGUGGAUGACUUGCUUGCAGUGGCAAUAUACGCAAGGGAUCGGGUUAACCCGUACCUUUUCAACUAUUGCCUCUCCGUCGCACUUCUCCAUAGGGCGGAUACCCAAGAUUUGGAUGUUCCUUCCAUUAUCCACUCGUUUCCUGACAAAUACCUCGACAGUAAAGUGUUCGCUAAGGCUCGUGAAGAAUCUAACAUAGUUCCCGAAGGUGCGCGAAUGCCUAUUGAAAUCCCUAAGGAUUACACAGCUUCCGAUUUAGAGGAGGAACAUAGAUUGGCCUACUUCAGGGAAGAUCUAGGAAUUAAUUUACAUCAUUGGCAUUGGCAUUUGGUAUAUCCGUUUGAGGCCGCGCGUAGUGUCGUGGAUAAAAACAGAAGAGGAGAGCUGUUCUAUUACAUGCAUCAACAAAUCAUGGCGAGAUACAACUUUGAACGACUCUGUAAUAAAAUGAAGAGGGUCGAGCGCUUCUUGGAUUGGGAUCAACCCAUCAAAGAAGCGUAUUUUCCCAAGUUGGACAGCUUAGUCGCCAGCAGAUCUUGGCCAGCUCGUGUGGCAAAUCAGAAGAUCCAAAAUCUUAAAAGGGAAGUUGAUGGUAUUACUCUCGACAUCGACGACAUGAAGCGGUGGAGGGACAGGAUUUAUGAUGCGAUUCAUUCGGGAUCUGUAAGAGAUAGGGCUGGAAAUAUCAUUCCAUUAACUGAAAAUGAAGGGAUCGACGUGUUGGGUAAUAUAGUGGAGUCAAGUAUUUUAUCGCCAAAUCGGGAAUUUUAUGGGGACCUUCACAAUUCCGGUCACAUCUUCCUUUCGUAUUUGCACGAUCCCGAUCAUAGACACUUAGAAUCAUUUGGAGUUAUUGGCGAUUCUGCAACUGCCAUGCGCGACCCCAUUUUCUACAGAUGGCACAGUUUUAUCGAUGAUUUAUUCCAGGAAUUCAAAGGGACCUUGCCAAGAUAUACCGAAAGUCAGUUACAGUAUCCCGGUGUUAUCGUUGAAGACAUUCAAGUAGAAAUUCAAGGUGGAAGACCCAACGUUUUGCAGACCUUCUGGCAACAAUCGGACGUUGAUCUUUCUCGGGGAAUGGAUUUCCAGCCCCGUGGUUCCGUCUUCGUAAGGUUUACUCACUUGCAACAUCGCAAUUAUAACUACAAAAUCAAGGUCCAGAGUAAUACUGCUCGGCAAGGUACCUGUCGAAUAUUCAUGGCUCCUAAAUUUGAUGAGAGGGGCAACCCUUGGUUAUUUAGGGACCAGAAACACAUGUUCAUUGAGUUGGACAAGUUUAAAGUAAACCUUAAACAGGGGCAAAAUACAAUAACGCGCCGAUCACUGGAUUCCUCUGUCACUAUACCAUUUGAGAGGACCUACAGAGAUCUAGAUCUAUCCAGACCGCAGGGGGGAGAACAACUGGCUCAGUUCAAUUUCUGCGGCUGCGGAUGGCCGCAUAAUUUGCUCAUUCCGAAAGGAAGUCCCGAAGGAUUCCCCUGUCAAUUAUUUGUAAUGAUUUCCAAUAUCGCCGAUGACAGAAUCGACCAAGAUACAUCUGGACCAUGUAACGAUGCUGAUUCGUAUUGCGGUAUUAAGGACAAACUGUAUCCCGAUCGUCGUUCUAUGGGGUAUCCCUUCGACAGAGCGCCCAGGGAUGGCGUCGACACUCUGCAACAGUUUCUCACUCCGAAUAUGAGGGUUAGAGAUGUAUCGAUUAUUUUUGAGAACAGGACAUACCGUCCAAAGGAAAUCAAUCAAUAGUAUAUGUUAUUCUGAAGGACGAACUUUUCAUUGCCACCAAAUGGACUUGCCUUUUCUGAGAAUAUUUGUAUGAUGCUAUUUGAAUAAAAGAGAAAC